AUGAAUCAGGUCUCGGCGAAGUCCAAGUUGAAGACAACUGAGUUCAUUGGGGGUGAGAACAGGGGGGUGAGAUUUAUGAAUAGGGCUAAAGGCCACCUGAACGCAGUCAGUAAAAAUGUAGGUAAUGUAUCGAAUGUGGCAAACCCGCAGUUUACAAAUAAAACAUCUUUUGCGAAGAACUCGCACUUGAAACUGCGAACGAACAACCCCGUUCUUAAGCAACCACCCAAGAGCAGCCUCAAAACAAAUCAGAGGAGCUCACUGAAGGUUUCCCACGUGGAGUUCGCCAAGUAUAGCCAUAAAAAGGGUCAUCACAAUGGUGACGAUAACGGAGGCGGUUACGAUGACGACAACGCUGGUGCAAAUGAUGACCUAAAUGAUGAUGUGCAUGGUCAGGUACAUGGUAACGUACAUGACGAUGGCGGGAGGGAGGUCAAAUCGGGGGGGAGAAAGGUGCCCCCACCGAACGCCGGUAACGCGACAAACGCAGAGGGGGGGAAAAGUUACCUGAACAAGUUCGCAGUACGGAACGGUAGAAGAGAUAAAUAUGUAGAAAGCGGGAAGACAAUCAUCACCGGCAGUGGAAACAACCACCACAGCGGUAAUCCUAAGCUGGGACAGUCGAGGGUUCUUAGCCAACCGCAGCACUACGAGCGGGAGGAAGCUGGGGCGGAAGACGCCAUCUACUCGUACAGCUCUCCCAUGAAGAGAAAAUACGACGCCAUGGAGAAUACACACAGGGGGGCUGCCACCAGGGGGGGCAAGGGAAGUGAUAGCGAUAGCAACAGCGAGCGUGAGGGCGAAAAAGGAAGGAGAGAAAUGAACACACAGAAUAAACGAUACGCCUCAAGAGGUCACCCCCAUGACAGUGGAAAUUCACACUACGGUAAUAACAUGAGUAUCGCCAAUAUGUCUAAUGGUACAAAUGAAAAGGUUAGUGCUUACGGUAGCAUGAUGUUAUAUUCAAAUGAGAAACUUCUAGGUAGUAACAACACGGGGCUUGGUGCGCACCCAAGUCUGAACAGCAGUGGGUUGCAUGUGAUCAAUCAGGAAGACGCUCUAUUGAGUAGGUCCUACCAGCCGUUGAGCACAACAGGGGGGAACGCAGCGGGGAAUGCGACCAGCGGGGCGAACAUGCCCGGUGGGGAUGAACACGGGGAUAAUGUGAAGACCACUCUGUUAGGGAGAAGCUAUGCGAAAUUCGAUCGGUUGAGAAAGGGCGAACAGAUGCUUGCCGUUCCGGCGCACAAAUACCAGCAGCAACAGCAGGGGCAGAACCUGAAUAACUCGCUCUACUACCUGAGCAAAAACGUCGGGAGAACGCAUAACCGGAGCAGACACACCAAUUAUAUAACCGACACGAAUAGCGAACAGAUGAUGAAUAAUUCGAAGGGCAGUCACAACGAGUUGUUUAACUCGUGCACGUUGGACAGACUGAGUGAGGAGAAUUAUAAUUCCUAUGCGAAGAAGAGAACCGAUGGGGGGAUCGACACGCAGGUGGGUGCAAUAGACGGGGGAGGUGGUGACGGGUCGACCUAUAACGGAGCGGAUCGCCACAUGGAUCGUGUAUCUAGUGCUCAUAGGAACACCGCAUCGAACGGUUCUCAAAAAUUCUCACGGCUGCUAAGGAACGAUGCCAUGGGUAGUCACCAACGGUUAGGGGGACUAAACACCGACAAGGGGGUAUUAAAGAGCAGUCAGUUGGAGUCAAACAACGUGGAGUUGCGGAACGUGUCGACAUCGUUGCAGUACGCAGGGGGUGGCCCAUCCGGUGUGGGAAAGGGAGGGAGUCUACCCGUUGUAAGCAGAUUGGAUAACAAGGAGGGGGAUAGUGAAGACGAGUAUUAUCGAAGCGUGGUGCACAACAUCACCAACUGCAACAGUGAAGAAAACGACAUGAACGUUUUAUACACAAAUGUAGUAAACCUAAAUGACUAUGUUUUAAACUUGGAUAAGGAGAAUGAGAAUCUGAACGAAAUUGUUAAGACGAACAACAGCAUCAGUGAGACAGUUAGAACAAUUCAACAGAUUGUCUUGACAAGGAAGAAAGUUAUUCAGGAUAGGAGAAACGUGAUAAACGAGGAGUAUGAACUUAUCUCUCAGAAGCUGAAGGAAUGUGAAUCCAUUUUUUGUGAUUCUAAUGAUGGUGCAAAGGGGGAAAAAAAAUUAAAAGUUUUCUACGAAAUUGAUGAAAAAAAAAAUACACUAAAAGGGAAAUAUGAGAUGAAGAAAAUGCUUCUGAAGAAGGCUGAGUAUAAAAUUGAGAAGCUACAGGAAUACACAGAUGCAGUGAAGCUAAAGACGCUAGCCAUUUCGGAGAGGUACAAGAAAACCUUCCUACUCAUCGAAGAAUUGUUCCGGUUGAAGAUUAUAAAGGAUACGGAGAAUGAGGUCCAAGUUUGUCUCAUUCCGAAGAAUACCAAGACGAACAUGUGGCACAAGCUGCAGCUGGACAAGAGGGAGAUGACCUCCGAUGCGUGUGAUUAUUUGUGGAGCCAGAUAGAGUCCUUCGUGGAUAAGGAGGCCCUCACCAGUUACCUUUAA